GCCGUUGAGCGGCUCUGUGCUGCCUGGCGCCUUGCCCUCCCCUGCAAGCCCAACUGGGGGCCGGUUCAAGCCAGGCGAAACCCUGGGAGCCGUUUCUUAAUGGAUGCCCUGACUAUGGAUGACCAGGAGCCGUUGUUCAACACCUCCUCGAUGCUGCCCAAGGUGACCCCCAACACCUCCCUCUCCCCGUCUGACGACCGUGACGGCACCCUCGCGCAGGGCGAAAUUGCCAUUUUGGCCUCCAUCUUCCUUCUAGCCACGCUGAGCAACGGGCUGGUGCUGGGAGCCCUUUCCCGCCACAACCGCCGGGCCAUGCCCAUGCACCGCUUCAUCCGUCACCUCUGCCUGGCGGACCUGACGGUGGCUCUUUUCCAGGUGCUGCCACAGCUGAUAUGGGACAUCACCGACCGCUUCCAGGGCCCGGACGUUCUGUGCCGGGCCGUCACCUACUUCCAGGUGGUGGGCAUGUUUGCCUCUUCCUACGUCAUCGUGGCCAUGACGUACGACCGCUACCGUGCCAUAUGUCGGCCCAUGAUGGCUUUCCGCAAGGGCCCGGCCUGCUGGUACCGGCCAGUGGUGGUGGCCUGGACCGCUUCGUUCCUCCUCAGCCUCCCCCAGCUCUUCAUCUUCUCCAAAAGGAAGCUGCCGAGCGGAGCCCACGAGUGCUGGGCUCAGUUCAUUCAGCCUUGGGGGCCCCAGGCCUACAUCACCUGGGUGGCCCUGAUGGUCUUUGUCCUCCCCACGUGCUUCAUUGCCACCUGCCAGGGCAUGAUCUUCCGUGAAGUCCACCGCAGUCUGCGUCUAGGCCCAGCGGGGACCCUCCGGGGAUGGAACAGCCAGCAAGGGGCCUCCCCCAUUUCUGGGGCAGUUACCAAGACUCUGAGGAUGACAUUAGUCAUUGUGUUGACCUAUGUGGUCUGCUGGGCUCCCUUUUUCCUCAUCCAGCUGUGGUCCGUUUGGGAUCCUCGGGCACCCGUCGAAAGCACAGCCUUCACCCUCCUGAUGCUUCUCGCCAGCCUCAACAGCUGCACCAACCCCUGGGUCUACGCCGCUUUUAGCAGCAGCAUCUCGGGGGAGCUGUGCCGAAUCUUCUGCCCCAGGUUGGCCCAGCGGCGGUUUGGCUCCCUGUACGAGGACUCCAGCAAGACGGCCAGCUACUCGCUGGGGCAGGACACCCUCACCUGA